AUGCCACCGCCCGCAACACCGCUUGCCCGCCCGGCCCUGGAGUAUGAAAGUACGGGGACUUUUCUUGCGUAUAUUCUUUGCACCCUCGUCCACCGAUUGGCCUUGAGCCCUUUGGCCAAGUUUCCCGGACCUAAGCUUGCUGCUGCAACGCGCUGGUAUGAGUUCUACUUCGAUGUCGUCAAAGAAGGGCAGUUCAUGUUUGAGAUUGAACGUAUGCAUGAGAGAUACGGCCCGGUCGUGCGGAUCAGCCCCUUCGAGCUCCACAUCAAAGACCCCGACUUUUACAACACCCUCUAUUCUGGCCCUCUGCACAAACGAGAGAAGUAUAGCUGGUUUGUCUCUGCACAAGCCCCAGGGACCACUUUUGCUGCAAGUGGACAUGGUCACCACCGUGCGCGUCGGGGCAUCCUGGCCUCGUUCUUCUCCAAGCAGUCGAUCCGCGCUUUUGAGCCCGACAUCAUACGGCGUAUAGACUCAGUAUGCUGGCACCUGGAGAGGGCGAUGAAGCAGGGGACAGCUGUUGAGUUGCAUACUCUAUUCAUAAAUUUUGCUGUUGAUACCGUGUCGCUCUUUGCCUUCGGUUCUCGCUAUUCUUUCAACACCCUGGAUUAUCCCGUGUUGACGGAUAUGUGGAAGAAGGGGGUGAACUCGAUCUUUGAAACGCUCAUCCUACUACGGCAUCUUCCAUUCCUUUACACUGUUUCGAGGUACUUUCCUGCGUGGAUUUGCUGCCUGAUCCAGGCUCAAUACAGAAAUAUCAAACCAGUUGAAGAGGCAAUCGAAGAGCAAAUGACGGAGCUCUUCAACUCCCGCAAAGCUCAAGUCUGGGACAAAUCAAUCUUUGCCAGCAUCCUCCAGGGUGACGGCAAGCAUCCCAGCACAGAGACGACGCUACCACGUUUAACCGACGAAGCCAAAUUCCUUCUGGUCGCGGAAACAGACGCUCCAUCCCAGGUCAUGGCGAUAACCCUGUUCCACGUGCUCCGAAAUUCCAGAGUCCACGCGAGGUUGAAGGAUGAACUCACACAAGCCCUUCCAGGCGCCGCGAUGACCCCUUCGUGGCAGGAGAUGGAGAAGCUACCGUAUCUUGGCACUGUGAUCAAAGAAGGCCUGCGACUUUCGGCCGUGGUGACCUCCCGUCUCCCCCGCAUUGCACCCGACGAAAUCCUAUACUGCGACGGCUGGGAAAUCCCGCCAGGGACACCUGUGAGCAUGUCUACACAUUUCAUCCUCCGGAGCCCAGAUAUAUUCCCGCGACCGAUGGAGUUCUGGCCGGAGCGUUGGGAGACAAAUCCCGAGUUGGAGCGGUAUCUUGUUCCCUUUUCGAAGGGAAGUCAGGCGUGUUUGGGUCCCAGCAUGGCCUACUGCUGGCUGAACCUGGUCCUCGCCACCGUGCUCCGUAGGUUUAGACUGGAGCUUUUUGACACAUCGGAAAACAACGUGGCAACAGUACGGGACUGUUCUAAUGGCCAGACUGCUCCUGGCCAGAACUGUAUCCAGGUCAAAGUCCUUGGGUUGGGCUGCGUCGUGUGA